AUGAACAAAUUCUCUGCGGACUAUUCGUCCAGCGUCAAUUCCACGCCAGGCAGGACUCCCGCUCCUCGAGGCUCGAAUUUUCUCUCCUCCAACCCUCCUCAACUCGCCAGUACCACCCCCAUUGCUCCUCCUCCCUCUCAGAUCUUUGGCAGCUCUGCCUUUGGCACUGGUGUCAGUAAACUCCAGCUCUCUAAACCCACAAAGUCUCCUCCUCUGCGGUCGUCCCCUAACUUUCAGCAUCCGCCACGAACGAAGAAUGGCACCCCUCAGAUUUCGUCAAGAGCCCGGCGGGCCGAAUAUAACGAUGAGGAAGAAGAUGAGGAUCAAGACAUGGAUGAAGACGAAUAUGAGGAUGAGCCAAGCCAAUUUCGGCAGAGCCGUGGUUUUCGAUCCAUCGACCAACGGCAACCCGCCUCUCUUAUGAAAUUCAGUACCAUGAGCACAAGAGACUCAAGGAUGACUGCACCACGUAAAUCUUUCCGCAACUCAACGAGGCUCUCUGCGCUCCCUCACAAGGGGAACGAUACAGUGGUGCUCGACCUCGCCAGAGACAUGGGAGCCAGGGCGCGACCGGCCUCCCUCACCGAAGCAGAUGAGGUGAUCCUCGAGACAGAACAAAUCCUCCGGGAACUAGACGAACAAUGUCAGUACCUCAAGGACAGCGCAAACAUGCUCCAAACGAUCGCCGAAUACGCUUACAGUCUGAUCAAGGAAUGGCAACGGUUUGUCGAGCCGGAUCGACCUUCGCUAGAUACCAACGACAUUGGUCCUCAACCCACUUCUCCCGCUUUCGCUAAGGCCAACUAUCUGGCUUCCCUUCUCCUCGUCCUUCGCCAUCCCCCACCCUCUCCAGACAAUAUAGUCAUUCCGACGCCGCGAGUCCUUCUUGAUUGGCUCGACAACUACCACGUCUCGUAUGACCAAAUGUACAGAGCAGUCGCCUCUGCGCGACCCAACUGUACUUCACAUGAUCUCUUCUGGGACGCCGUUCAGAGUCUGACACUGCGAGGCAAAUUGCAACAGGUGAUGCAGCUUUUUGCAGACGCGGAUUUCAAAUAUGCGGCUUCGGCGGUGGAUGACGGGGCAGACGGUGUUGGUUACAAAGGUGCUCAGCUCCAGACAGUACAAAGCGUCAUCUACCGAGCUCGAAUUCUACUCAAUUCCUGCCCAGCCAUUCAAUCGGGCGACUGGAAUGUCGCUGGUCCAGAUUGGGACGUUUUUCGCACCGCUGUCGAAGCGGCACUGGACAAUCUGACUGAUGAGGUCACCGGUCAGGAUGAGGAUGAGUAUACCUUCGAGGCUGAGAACUUUGGCUUGCGUAGACCCGAAAUGAAUCUUCUUGGGAGGACGGCUCAAAAGUCCGCAUCAACUCUUCCUUGGACCAUCUUCCAAAACCUCAAAAUACUCUACAGCAUACUUCUGGGCAGUGCGGAAGAGAUUGCAGCCCAGUCACAAGACUGGCUCGAGGCUGCGACAUCUCUGACGAUCUGGUGGGACGGCACUGCAGACGCUGCUGCUGUUGCGCAGUGGAGCUUCGAUGUCAGUCGAGCUAAUAACUUGACCAAACAAGACGAAGACUUCAAUCCUUACCUCGGACGGCUAAGAGAUGCUUUUCUCAGCGUCACGGACCCCAAUGACAAAAAUUCCUUCCAAAUUAAUGCAAUGUCGCCGGUCGAGGUUGGCCUAGGAUGUGUCUUACAGGGAAGUACUCAGGGCGCCUUGACUGUUCUGCGCACGUUGUCUCAAUGCAUUGCUUCAUCCGUGGCGGAAAUCGGUGCUAAAGCCGGCUGGUUGGAAGAAGAGAUACAGGCUCGACCUACAGGGCUGAACGAAGAAGAUCUCAUGGUCCUCAGCUAUGGCGCUCCCAAGCAAGGCGUUUCCAAGGAUGAAUUAUUAUUAUCGUAUGCCAAAGGGCUUUUCGAGAAGGCUACUCUCCAUCUCCCUGACGGCUCCUCGGUAGAAGGCUGGGAGGUCUCCAUAUCUGUUGUCACCCGACUUGACGACCGGGAGGCGAUGCAUACCGCCGUGAGCAAUUUCCUCGAGCAACUCCAAGUCACUACUCAAGAUCGAACCGAGAAACUCACGAAUCUCUGCUCCGAUCUCGGAUUACAGGACGAAGCGAGAAAGGUCUCCGAUAGAUUCGGCGACUACCUCGUGAACAAUACCGAGGAGUAUGGUACUGCCUUGUUGUGCUAUGCGAGGAGUCACGCAAGCCAUAAGAUCAGGCAAUUAAUUGAUGUGUUGGUCAGCUAUGCACUGGUGCAGUCAAGAGCUUACCCGCCUGAGAAUGACAUGGAUGAUGGAUUACGAAGUCUGGUGGGAAAUCCCAAGACAGCACUCAUUGACAUUGCAGAGGUCGACCCUGAGGCUGCUGAGAUGCUGCAAUUCUCCCUUGUCGGAUACGCUUGUCUACGGAGGUUUUAUACUCUGCGCGACGAAGAAUCCCGCGGUGGAGCAACAACGAAUUCUCGCCCACUUGCGCGGAGGAGAGCAGCGGCAAGAGCACUGGUGGCGGCGAUCAAUUCUGCUGCAGAUUCGAUUUAUGGUGGGCUGUACGAUCCAGAGAGACAGAGUGCGAUCCAAGUCGAUGGGCUGUUGACGCUUCUGGGUGAGGCUACCGCUCUUCUUUCUCGAAGCCAAGGCGGGGAAAGAACGAAGAUAUUCACGACCGAACAGAUCUAUGCUUUACUAGCCGCAAUCGAGGAUCUGUCUACCGUCUCAGAGCGCGUCUACACCGCGACAGAGGAGUGCCUGGCCGCAUCGCUCAGAGAGUACCAUGGAUCAAGACCGCCAAGUCCACGAGCGGUGCUGAAAAAAUCCAUGAGUAGCGGAAGCGGGAGUGGUUUCUCAUACUCGCUCAUGGGAAGCGAGAUGCUGGGUAGGAGUAUGACCACCGACAUGACGAGCGCUAGUGGCAGUGGAGUUUUAGUCGGAGGGUCUCAGGGGCAAAAGGCGAAGGGCAAAGAGAAGAAGGGUGCCCAGGAGGAGAGAGGAUGGGAUUGGAGAGACAGAUUUCCUGGCGAGGACGUGCGUGGAGGGGAUAUCGUCAAGGUAUUGCGGAUGGGGUUGGCGGAGGAGUUGAGCCUGGCCGAGCUCGAUGAGGGUGUUGUAUUCUAA